GUAGAAUUUCCCUUCCUAUAGUUAAGAUAGCACUAUUAGGAAAUGAAAUAUCCUUAACAAAUAAAAUAGAGACUGUUACAGGCAAAUCAACUUUAAGAGGUCUUAUUUCUUCCGGAAUAUAUAUAAAUUCACUUACCAAAAAUGUAGAAAUUUUCAAGGUUAUCCCAACUUUGUCUCCAGUUGCGCUUCAAUAUUUUUGCAUAUCCAACAAAGACAACACAAGUGAAGAUGCAGGGAUUGUUGCUAACAUAUUACGACACUUAUUGAUUACAGAAUCUUCUUUUGAUAAUGAAGUAUUGGAUGGCAAACCAUUUGAAAUGUUUCAUACUAAUUGGGAGUUGCUUUAUCGUGCACUUCAAAAAAAUGGAAAGGUUAUGAGUCUUCAUAAAAUUUAUGGUUUACACAAGGAAGAAAUUAAAAUACAAUUGCAACGAAAAACAAUUGCAUUUUGUCACAAUGAAAUAGAAUUUCCUCCAAAUGAUAAAAUAUAUGAUUCAUUCAAAAAAUCUUUUGAGAAUCUUAUGGAUUAUAUAUUUGUUUCUAAAAAAUCAAAUAAUAGCAGUUUUGAUAUAGUAAUAUUUGAAAGAAAAGCUGAUGGAUCUGGUUACAUUGCUAUAAAUAUUGAGUGUAGGUUUUCUUAUCCAAAUAAGAAAACACUAUUAGAAAGUAAUGAAAUAUUGGAUAAAUAUAAGCUUAUGCAUGAUAAAUAUCUUAUGCAUGUUAGAUAUUUAUGUAAUAGAUUUAGACUGGAAUCUAAUUCAUGGGAAGAUGGAAUAUUUUAUGAUAGGUCUGCUGUAGGAAAACUUAAAAUGACUAAAGAUGAUAUUUAUUUAGUUUUUAUAGUUUGGAAAAAUAUAGGAAAGCUUAAUUAUGAUAUAUUAAAUAACAAAAAUAUAAUUAUUGUUAAAAGAAAAAAUUUGGAAAAAAUUUAUACUCCAUUACUUGUAAUACAUCCACAUUUUUAUAACAAAAUACUUGAACAAAUCAAUAAUACUAUAUAUGAAAACUGA